AUUAAAUUUUAUCUUUUAAAAACUUUUAUAAAACUUUUCAAUCAAUUAUUAUUAUGUGUGAUAAUAUCAAAAUGCAUGAUACCGAAAAUAAAAAUGAAUGGAUUGAUUGGAUUAAAGAAGUUAUUGAUAAGGAACAUUUAAAAUAUUAUGAAUACAAAGAAUUUAAUAACUUUCAAGAAAUUGGUACCGGAAGUUUUGGAAAAGUGUAUCGUGCAAAUUAUAAAAAUUUUGAAAAAAAUUUCUCUUUGAAAUCUUUUUUUGGUUUAAACAAUAUCACUAUGAAAGGAAUCGUUCGUGAGGUAAAAAUUCAACGUGAAAUUGAUUUUCAUGAAAAUAUUAUUCGUUAUCAUGGAGUAACAAAAUUUGAAUCAGAAAAUCGGAUCAAUGACAAUUAUAUGCUAGUAAUGGAAUACGCCGACGGUGGUAGUCUUCGAAAUUAUUUAAAGAAAAAUUUUAGUAAACUUACCUGGGAUGAUAAGUACCUUAUGGCGUAUCAGUUAGCUUCCGCUGUAUCAUGCUUACAUAAUAAAGGGAUUGUCCAUCAUAACUUGCACCCUGGUAAUAUAUUGGUUCAUCAAAACACAAUCAAAUUGGCGGAUUUUGGAUUAUCAAAAAGAAAUGGAAUAUCAUCCAAUUUUCAAUCCAAAUUAUUUGAAAUGAUUCCUUAUGUUGAACCAAAAGGUUAUAGUGGGAGAACAAAUAACAAUAAUCAAACACGAAUACAAUCCUUUAAUAAGAAAAGUAAUGUUUACAGUAUUGGUGUAUUAUUUUGGGAAAUAUCCAGCGGUCAAUCUCCUUUUAAUGCUAAAGUUGAACAAUAUGAUGUUGGUUUAAUUUUGGAAAUUUCGCAAGGUCUUAGAGAGACUGUUAUUCCCAACACACCUGAAGAAUAUACAAAAAUUUAUACUAAAUGUUGGGAUGGUGAACCGGAUGAUCGACCUACCAUAUACCAAGUAGUAGAUUGGUUAAAAGCAAUUAUUACAAAAACAGAUGUUAAUGAAAUCCCUUCAAAUACCAAUAAUUCGGAAUCACAAGAAUUUAUUUCUAGAAUUAUUCAAAAUUUUGACAAAAUAAGUCUGAAAGAAAUUGAUCCUAUAACAAUAUCAAAUGAACGAGAGAAACUUUCAUUUGAAAAAGGUUUUGAUAAAAUAAUUGAUGAAGUAAAUGAUUUGAUUUUUGAAUUAUUUAAUAAAGGAAUUAUAUGGAAAUUAGUAAAAGAACAAGUUAUUGAAUAUCUUAAUAAUUAUAAUACUAAUUCAAAAGAAAUUUAUAAUUGGUUAUUAAAUAAUCAAGAUAAUUUAAAUUUCACUUUUUUACUUGGAUUUUUUAAUUAUUCAGGAAUUGAAACAAAAAAAAAUAAUGAGAAAGCAUUUAAAUUAUUUAUUAAAGCAUCAGAAAAAGAUCAUAUAUUAGCAAAAUCUUAUAUUGGUGAAUGUUAUCAAUAUGGAUAUGGAACUUUAAAAAAUGAAAAAUUAGCUUUUGAAUAUUAU